AAAGUGCUAACAUCUCUAAACUUCAAAAAGCUCCUAAAUACAGAGAGAAAAGAUCCACACGCACAACAGAAGAAUGUGUAAAACAGACAUUCACAGAAGAAAAAUGAAAAUGGUCCUUUAAAAACAUAUGUAAAGAUAUACAACCUCUCUCGUAAUGAGGUACACUUUUGAGUUAUACCAAGAUACUACUUACCCAUCAGAAUGACAUAAUUCAAAAGUUCAACAAAGUCUAUGGUACAGCUAUGCAGAAACAGACAUAGCCUGCUGGCUUUGAUGGAAUAUCAGAUAUUGAAAAUGUCUCCCUGCCUGUUCGUCCUUCUGUUUCUCACACCUGGUAUUUCAUGCAUUUGUCCUCUCCAAUGUACAUGCACAGAAAGGCACAGGCAUGUGGACUGUUCAGGCAGAAACUUGACUACAUUACCAUCUGGACUGCAAGAGAAUAUUAUACAUUUAAAUCUGUCUUAUAACCAUUUUACUGAUCUGCAUAACCAGUUAACCCAAUACACCAAUCUGAGGACCCUCGACAUUUCAAACAACAGGCUGGUAAGCCUACCUGCUCAGUUACCCCGGUCACUCUGGAACAUGUCUGCUGCUAACAACAACAUUAAACUUCUUGACAAAUCUGAUACUGCAUAUCAGUGGAACCUUAAAUAUCUGGAUGUGUCUAAGAAUAUGCUGGAAAAGGUUGUCCUCAUUAAAAAUACACUAAGAAGUCUUGAGGUUCUCAAUCUCAGUAGUAACAAACUUUGGACAGUUCCAACCAACAUGCCUUCCAAACUCCAUGUCGUGGACCUGUCUAACAAUUCCUUGACACAAAUCCUUCCAGGAACAUUAAUAAACCUGAGAAAUCUUACACAUCUUUAUCUGCACAACAAUAAGUUCACAUUCAUUCCAGAUCAAGCUUUUGAUCAACUCUUACAGUUGCAAGAGAUAACGCUUUACAAUAAUAGGUGGUCAUGUGACCACAAACAAAAUAUUACGUACUUAUUAAAGUGGAUGAUGGAAACAAAAGCCCAUGUGAUAGGGACUACCUGCUCUAACCAAAUAUCAUCUCUGAAGGAACAUAACAUAUACCCCACACCUUCUGGAGUUACUUCAAGCUUCUUCACUUUCAAUGGGAUACAGAGAGUGGACACCACUAACUCUCUGAGUAUGGUAACUCAACCCAAAGUGACCAAAAUACCCAAACAGUAUCGAACAAGGGAAACAACGUUUGGUGCCACCCUAAGCAAAGACACUGCCUUUACUAGCGCUGAUAGGGCUUUCAUGCCCUAUCCAGAAGGUACAUCCACAGAAACGAUCAAAUCACACGAAGCAGCAGCUGCAACUCUAACUAUUCAUCUCCAAAAUGGAAUGGUUACAAACACGAGCCUCACUAGCUCAACAAAAUCAUCCCCGACACCCAUGACCCUAAGUAUCACUAGUGGCAUGCCAAGUAAUUUCUCUGAAAUGCCUCAACAAAGCACAACCCUUACCUUACGGAGGGAAGAAACAACCACAAACGUAAAGACUCACUCACCUUCCAUGGCACAUGUCUGGAAAGUAAAUCCUUCAUUUCUCUUAAUGCUCAAUGCUGUGGUCAUGCUGGCUGUCUGAGGGUCUGCAUUUUCUGAAAUUAAUGAAAGAACUCCUCCCUGAUGUAUAGUUGGGAAAAUAUGCCCCUAUCUAACCAGUGAUGCAAGCUGUAUUAAGUACUCAAGAAAGCCAGUCUUACAAUUCUGAUUCUGAUAUAAAUGAAGUAACUUGUCUUAAAUAAAAGAAAUGCACAAUGUCUUGGUACUUGCUGCUAUUUUACUGUCUUAAGUAAAACUAAUGAAUCUUUUUUUUAAAUGAAAUGUUUUCUUUUUAAGGCUUCAAUUUAUUGCACAAAAUAUAAAGCAUCUAAACUUUAAUAUGUAUUUUAUGUAUGUUUACACUGUCACAUCUGGGGAAAAAAAUAAAAGGU